UGGAUCAUGUAAAGCAGCCGAGGCAGCUGGAAAAUGGAGGGGACGAUGCUGACGGAGGAGCAGGAGAAGCCUCAGAAGAGGGUCAGGUUCCGCGUGGCUUCGGGGAACAGCGGCCGGGUCCUGAAGGAGAUGUUUAAAGAUGAAGGGCCCUCAGAUUCCCUGGAAUCAGACUGUACCAGCAGCUCUGACGCCGACCGGGCCAGCACCCCCUCGACCAGUGGAGACACUAACCUGUACGGAUACCUGGGAUCAGAGCUGGAUGACAGUGGAAGUGAACCCGACGACCUGCUCAUGUACGCGGGGGCCACCAAGGACUGGACCUUCACCACCAAGAGAGUGAACAUCCUCAGUAAGAACGGGACUGUGAGGGGGGUCAAACACAAAGUCAGUGCUGGUCAGACGCUGUUUGAGAACCUUCCCAACUGCAACAGUGUGGAGCUGUCUGUGGAGUUCGGGCGGAUAGUCAUUUACACCACCAGUUUCCGUGUGGUGAGGACCACCUUUGAGCGCUGUGAGCUGGUCAGAAAGAUCUUCCAGAACCACAGGGUGAAGUUCCUGGAGAAGAACAUCGCUCUGGACAUAGAGUACGGGAAAGAGCUGGAGGAACGAUGCAGACGAGUGGGAGAACCUCCCUCACUUCCUGUGGUGUUCAUCGAUGGACACUACCUUGGGGGCGCUGAAAAGAUACUUGGUAUGAACGAAUCAGGAGAACUUCAAGACCUUCUGACAAAAAUAGAGAGGGUUCAGCAUCCCCAGACGUGCCAGACCUGCGGGGGCUACGCCUUCAUCCCGUGUCCGAUGUGCCAUGGCAGCAAGAUGUCGGUGUUCCGAAACUGCUUCACGGAUUCCUUUAAAGCCCUCAAGUGCACUUCCUGUAACGAGAACGGUUUGCAGCCCUGUGUGAGCUGCAGCCAGUGAGGAUGUACCGUGCCUGACCCGCAACCCACACUUUCUUCUUCAGGACCUAAGGACCCACAGGACCUUAAACUGGACUACACACAGCAGGACUUUACUCCUUUUUAAUAAUGGCCAUUGUCAAAUUUGUAAUAAAAAUCAAUGAUUUUUCUGGUGAGUCCACUUCAUCUUUAGCAACUUUUAACAUGCAUUUAUAUAAAUCUCAAAUCUAAAUCUCAGCUAUUAACAGGGUGGGGUAAAUAAAAUUUAGAAGUAACAGAUAUGCCCAAAAAACCUCAACUUUAAUUUUUUCCAUUUGUUUCUACUCCUUUUGCCAAAAUUGUUAUCGUUAGCUAAGAACAUUAGCAACAACGUUAUUUGAAAUGUGAUUCCAUAUUGAUUAAAAUGAAAAUAAUAUAUAUUAUUAUUAUUAAAAUAAAGUUAGCAGACAAAACUUUUGCUAGGUUGAAUAUGUAACACUUACAAAACAAGUAUACAUAUUAGCUAAAGGCAAGCUAAUACGUAGCAAAAAAUGCAACAAUUUACAAGAGAAAAAAAGAGUGUAAGGACUGGACUGAACCGUCGUCUCCUGACCUGUUGUUACCUCAGUUACUCAAACCUAAUCUCGUCGGGUAAUUAGUGAGAAGACGUCUUCGUUAGCGAUGUCCUCAUCACUAAUCCCAUAUCACACACACUCACAUUGCGCACGCACUGCGCACACACAGAGAGAAAGUCAAUGGUUUAGGUUUGUGACCUGUAGACGACAGUGUGAAACCGGACCUUUGCUCACAGACCGGCGUCAAACCUUCAAACCUCACAUUUAAAUUUUAUACUGCAGUAUGACCCGCUUAAGGAGAAAGGUCAGGGGUUUGGACGUAUCAACUAAAGACACGGAUGUUUAAUUUUCUAGAAUUACAUUUUCAUUCAAACACUGGUCUAAAGUUUGAAUAAUCUCUCAAUCUAGAGCCGGGACCUAGUUGUCAUGUCGUUCUCUGUGGUAAGAAGAGACUCGGCGACAGGAGUGCAGUGCCACUCACUGGUUCAAUAAUGUAUUGGUGACAAAAAAAAAAAAGAAAAGAGAAAAAAAGAAAUGAAGAUGCAGCUUUGGACUGAAUAAUUCAACCACACAGAAACUGAAUGUGCUCCAGUUUUCUCUUAAGCCUAAAAAGGCUUUGGGAAUUUACGUCAGACUGAACGGUCACGGUAAGAAAAAUUAAAGUUCAAAUCAAAGCGCGAUUGACAUUUUCAAUUAUUUUUAAUGGAAAAAAUUUUAACAACGUGAAAAAUAUAAAUUCACGUUUUUGAAAAAAAAGCAAAAAAAAAAAAAAAAAAAAAAA